AGAUUGAGUAAGUAACGGUAACUUUGCCACCAUCUAUCCGUCAUCUUGAUUUCGUGAACCAGUUCCAACGUUGGAUGGCUUCCCUUUUUGGCUCAUUUUGUAAGAUCUUGGGUUUGCAAAAGGCACACAAAGCUGAACCAUAGCUUUAACAAACACACUUUAUGCGUGUGCCUACAACCUUCCUCAACAAUUAGACUGGGGAGAGUAGACACGUAGGCAUUCACGCUGCGCAUGCGUUCAAUUAAAAAAAAUCCAAAAUGGCGGCCGGCAUACGAGCGAGACAGAUAGAAUCCUUGAAGCGGAUGCUUAACCUGAAUCAGCCGAUAACGAAAUCAACUGCUGUCGAACCCGUCUGGAAGGUAUCAAUUAAACUUCUCCAGGAUUUACAUCUGAACAGAGUUGUUGUCAAAGAGUCAGCAACGUCAAACACCCCAGAACCUGUAGAUCCUCACCACAGACAUCCCAAACAAACAAAAGUUAAGUCAUAUGAUCUCAGUGUGACAGAUAAGUUCUGGGGUUUGCAUAAAGGAAGUCCUUUCCCGACAGUGGCAGAGUCAAUUCAGAAAGAACUUGAUGAAUACAGAGCUUCUGAAGAGGAAGUAAAGAGACUGAAAAAUGUCAUGGGAAUUGAUGAGGGAAAUGAGGAGGCAAUGGGUGAAUUUAUGGCUGAUAGUACAGCUAAACUUACCUCUGCUGUUAGUUCACUUCCGGAAUUGCUUGAGAAGAAGAGAAUUAUAGACAUGCACACAACUAUUGCCACAGCACUUUUGGAACACAUCAAGUCCGGAAAGCUUGAUAUUUACUUCGAGACUGAAGAGAAAAUAAUGAGUAAAGCUACUUUGGACAAAUCAAUCCUGGAAAUCAUUCAGGAUCCUGAAGCCGGAACUCCCCAGGAUAAACUUCGGUUAUUUAUAAUCUACUAUGUUUCUGGACCAACCAUGUCACCGGCGGAGCUGGAUCAGUUUUCGUCUGCUUUACUGGAGGCUGGAGCCGACCUUGCUCCACUAGAGUUUAUCAAGAAGUGGAAAGCAUUUACCAAGAUGACGUUUGGACCUCUCCAGUCAGGGGGGGGAGGACAAAACACAUACAGCGCAAUGUUUUCACGGUUCAUGAAUACCGGAUCACAAUUCGUUAUGGAAGGUGUAAAGAACCUUGUGGUCGGAAAUAAGAAUUUACCAGUGACACGGAUUGUCGACGCGUUAAUGGACAACAAGUCGAAUCCGGUAAGAAAAGGGGCUCGUCAGACUAAUAAUUUACCGUACUGUUUUCAGCUAUUUUCAAAGCACUUCGUUAAACAGACCUGGUGCUGUGUAACUCUUUCCUCUACCGGUAUCGUGUGUUUUGUUCGCUUAUCUUACUCUUACCUUUGCCUCGUGAAGAAGAGGAAUUUUGAUUAUUUGUCCAUUCCUCGAAAUAAAACACCUUUUAGUGAGGCAAUAGUGUUUAUCGUUGGUGGUGGAAAUUACAUCGAGUAUCAGAACCUGAUGGAUUACAGUAAGAGGCAUUCUGGCGCCAAAAAGUUGUUGUAUGGUGCUAGCGAAGUCAUGAACGCUUCUCAGUUUCUUAAACAGUUGUCACAUCUCGGUCAAGAAGCUGUUUAACGAGGAGAGAAGUGAUGCAGUUAAAAAUAAAACAUAAAUAACCAAAUUGUAGAUAUUCUCGCGCGGUCAAUCAUCUUAGAAAAGGCGAAGGAAUGUUAAUUCCUACCUUUGGGCGCCAACCAAAAAAGGAAUUUUUCCUCCUCUAUGGUAACUGUAUUUGUUUUAGACUUUUGGUUAUCAUGGAAACAAAAAGAAUUUAGUCAAUUCUUGAAAGGUGCCUUUUUAGAUUUCCCAAGAAAGUUCAUUUCUUUGGUGUACCACGCCUCUGUUUCAAAACGAGGCUAGGUGCUAAGUCUCUGAUUUCCAAAAUGUUUGUUGCUCUUGCAUAUAUUUAACUCCUUUUCACAACAAAGGUUUUGCAUCAAGUCUCUUGAAAGUGAGGCUACUUCAAACUCGGAAGUGGUUAAUUUUGUCUCGAAUUUUUCCACGACAAGGCGCGUGACAUCGUAAAAGAAAAAAAAAAAACCUUCGGUUGGAAACUGAUGAAAAGAUGGAUAUUUUAGGCAUGUUCGUUUCUUUAUGCACAUCAUGUUUAACUAUAGAGUAAAGUAGCUUUAAUUUAGAAAUUUUAAACAGAGAUCGUUUCGUCAAAGAACAAAGUAUUUAUAACUAUCAUUUCCUGGGUUAUUUUUCAAAUUUUUUUUUGGAUUUCUUCUAAAAUCCUCUUAACGAUUUCACAAAGACAGGUUAUGAGAAAGUAAGAGCUCAUCAUAAUUAAGAAUAAUGAAUUUAACCCCAGAUGACUGAAAAAAAGGAUAUGAAAAACAAUGUUUUCUUUCUGGAGAGUUUCAGAAGAACGAUAAAGUUUACGGAUAGUGAUAUGACUAGUUGCCGAAAAGGUGGAUUGUAUUUUUUCAAACCUUGUAAAUUUGAAAGGACUUGUUGAAUCUGAAUCGCAUCAUCUUUGCAGGUAAUAAAUCUGAUGCAGAGAUAAUGAUGAUGAUGCAAAGUUCUUUUGCUUCCUCGUUCUCUGUUUCGUGACGGUGUUGUCCUGUAACGAUAUUCAAAUGGUCGCAAUAUCGCCGCGAAAUAACUCGUGUAAGGACCACGUCAGAGGGUGUCCUUUAUCAAAGUUCCUUUAGAAAUAUAUUAAAAAAUUAGUUUCGGAAUUAUACUACUUGACUGUAAUCUUGCUGUCUUGCUAAUUUGGACAGAGAAAAGAGGGAUUUGGCCAAUUAGUCGCGCAUGCGACUUUUUAAGGCGUUGACCAGUGCUGGUGUCAAGAGACCUCUUUUACAGCUUGUAUGUUUUGUUUACCCACUUCAGGUCUGCAUACAUAUUCCCGUGAAUAAGGAACAAUUUGAAAGGAACAACUCUUUAACCUAGAACCUGAAAUGGGCAAAUACAAGAUACAAAACAAAGAGGUCUACUGUAAGUAACCUCACUUCCUACUAAAACCUGGGAAGACCUUAAAUAUUAAUUUUCCGAGACGCUGCAAACACCACGAUCGAAAAACAUAGUUUCUUUAAAAUCCAAUGGAAACAUUGGUUGCGAACCAUAAAUAUCUUACUAGAACCUAACUUGGCACAUUCUUCUACUUACAUGUAAAAAAACAAAUAGUUAACCUAUGGAUAUUGAAAGGCUCCACGAAAAUGCCCCACUUUGACAGAUAUUGAAGAGUCUUUCGACAAGGCCGAAGCCUUACUUCAUUCUAUUUAUUACUACGUAUUAAUAUAAAGAAAUAAAUUUUAAUCACGUUUAUACACUUCCUUAAUUCCAUUUCGUUUUUGUUUUUCAUCUUCAGUCGUCACGAUUUAACAUAAUCUCUCAUACUUCGCUGAAAUAAUUCUUUUCUAAUUAAGUACGCUUUUUAAAAUUGGCUGUCUACCUAAAUUCGUAUGCCGCUACAAAGAGAACAUGAUAUAAUUUUCUAAAUAAUUUUUUUCAAAAAAAAAAAA